GCUCUUUCCACCAGAGAUACACAGAGCCGAGAGAGAGAGAGACAGAGAAAUUGAAAGAAAGCACACGCUCUUUCUACUUUCUUCUCUCCAAGGCUAAGCUUGUUUCCUUACAGUUUGUUUGUGUUGCAAAAUCUGGGUCUGGGUUUCUUUGAUUGCAAACAUAAAAGAAAGUUCGAUUGUGAGGGAUUAGUGGGUUGUUUGAGUAAGCUCAAUAGACAUGAAGAAUUGGAGGAAUUCAGUUGACAACAACCAAGGAGGAUUGAGAACAAACGAGAGAAAUUUAGUGGCUGAGAUGAUUGAGAUGAGAAAAGUUCGGACAGCGUUUAUGGUGGAGAAAUGUCGAAACAGGAAUGAAGCAGUCAUGUGUCCCAAACCACAGAGACAAAAUAUAAGGCCUUGUGGGGGGGAGUAUGCCGACCAAAACAUAGCAGGUCAGCUUCCACAUAUCUUUGCGGGCAAGCAGGCAUCCCCGCCAUUUUACUCAGGUUCUCCUCCUAUCCGUUCUAGUAACCCUGUAACCCAAGAUGCCCGUUUCCGUGAACAGAGGGGUCAAGCAAGCCCUAUUCGUGAUUUUUGUAUAGAAAGUUCAGAAGUUGAUCGGAUGCGAAGCAUCACAACGAUGGCCUGAGACAAAUUUCCCACGCAUUCCACCACACCUACGUAUUAUCUGUAUAUUCGGUUUUUGCAACUGCGAAACUGUAGGAUUCGAUUAUCAUGUAUAAAGUUUCAUUUCUUCAAGUUAGUUAGUUUACCUUCCUUCAAAACUUUGGUUUUUCAGGCCCUUAUUAUAAACUUAGUUCAAUGAAUCAGAAACAAAAAGUUUCUGAUCUGAGAAUGGUUGAUGAAUAAAUUUUAUCUUUUUGGUA